CUCGAGCCAAAACCACACCUGCUGUAGCAAAUCCUGGAAGUACCUCCCAUCGUCAUUCUCAAGAUCAGUUUCUGCAAAGCAGAAGGCAAAGCAGUGCAAUAAAAAGACAGAAGCUGGAGGGAACUUAGAUGAGAAGAACUUUGCAUAUCCAGUCUGUUUAGAUCUGCGAAGUAUCCAAGGACUAUUUCAUGUGGACAUCAUUAUUGUAUUAACUGCAUUAAGAGCUCCUGGGAUCUUGUUGGAGUUUACAGCUGCCCCUAGUGCAGACAGGCCUUCAUACCUAGAUCUGUUCUGGGCAGAAACACCAUGAUGGCUGAAGUGGUGGAGACACUGAAGAAAACUGGAAUACAAGGAACUAUGCCUGCUGACCAUGGAGAUGUGGUGUGUGACGUCUGCACUGGGAGAAAGCGGAAAGCCAUCAAAUCCUGCCUGGUGUGUUUGGUCUCUUACUGUAAAACUCACCUCAAGCCUCACUAUGAGUCGCCAGCUUUUAAGAAGCACAAGCUGACUGAUGCCACUGGACAUCUGCAGGACAAGGUCUGUUCCCAGCAUGACAAACCCCUGGAGGUCUACUGCCGUACCGACCAGCAGUGUAUCUGUUAUCUCUGUACGAUGGAUGAACACAGAGGCCAUGAUACAGUCUCAGCUGCUGCAGGAAGGGAGGAGAUGCAGAAACGAUUGCGGGAAACAAAGAGAGAAUUUCAGCAGAGAAUCCGGAGGAGAGAGAAGGAGCUACAGGAGCUGAGGGAGGCUGUGGGCUCCAUCACAAGCUCUGCACAGAAGGCAGUGGAGGAGAGCGAGAAGAUCUUCACUGAGAUGAUCCGCUCCAUUGAGAGAAGACGCUCUGAGGUAACAGAGCUAAUCAGAGAUCAGGAGAAGGUUGCAGUUAGUCCAGCUGAAGGACACAUGGAGAGACUGAAGCAGGAGAUUGAUGAGCUGAAGAGGAGACACUCUGAGCUGGAGCAGCUUUCACACACAGAGGAUCACAUCCAUUUCCUCCAGAGGUUCCUGCGUCUUCCUGUCAUCCCUGAAGCUGGAUUUGGGCCCAGAAUCUCUGUCAAUCCAUGCUACUAUUUUGGAAACGUGACGAAUGCGGUUGUUAAACUGAAGGAACAACUGGAGAAUGUCUGCAAAAUGAAAACGGCAGAAAUCAGUGACACAGUUACCAAAGACACCGGCCUACCAGUAUUAGUGCCCAGGACCAGAGCAGAAUUCUUACAAUAUUCCUGUCGACUCGCUCUGGACCCCAACACAGCAAACAGAAACCUCCACCUGUCUGAGGGGAACAGAGUGGUGACAUGGAAGAGAGAGACACAGUCAUAUCCUGAUCACCAGGAGAGGUUUGACUCAUGGACACAAGUGCUGUGUACAGAGGGUCUGACUGGGCGCUGCUACUGGGAGGUUGAGUUCAGUAGGGUUGGGGUCGGUGUAGGCGUCGCAUAUAAAGGGAUCAGCAGGGAAGGGUGGGGUAAUGACAGCGCACUUGGAUACAAUGACAAGUCCUGGUGUCUUUACUGGUAUGACUUCAUUUACUCAUUUUGGCACAAUAAUACGUACACUGCGGUAUCUGCCCCCCCCUCCCCCAAGGUAGGAGUGUACCUGGACCACAGGGCAGGAACUCUGUGCUUCUACAGCGUCUCUGACACAGUGACCCUUAUGCACAGGGUCCAGACCACGUUCACCGAGCCCCUCUAUCCUGGGUUUUUUCUUUAUUACAGUACAGCGAAACUGUGCUGACUGGGUUAGUAGGCUGUUAAAUGUAUCCCAAGAAAAGAGAUAUAAGUGACACUGUACUAGAAUAGAUGACUGCAGGCUGAUGCCUGUUUGCGGCCAGCUCUGUGAAAAGCAGAAUGGACUUAAAAAGUAUACACACACCGUAAAACACAUUAGCUGAAAUACAAGAAAUAAACACUGAAUCUCAGGAGAAAAUGCCUUAAUACUAGUGAAAUUAUCAGUCUGUCGGUAAGUUAUUUUUACUUUACAAGAAUUCUUAAAAUAAGUUGGCUCAAUAAUGCUCUGAGAAGCAUUUAAAGGUUUGAAAUACGUAGAAAAUGCUCCUUUUAAGGCUAAAUGACUUGAUAUCAGGCUCGUUACAGCACAGUAAUAAGUGACUGGGGGGGUGGGGGGGUACACCACACUACCCCAGAAGAAUCCCCACAUGACAAACUUCACACACACAAAACCAAGCACCUAGGCAUGCAAACUGCUUCUACAAACAUUUGUGAAAGAAUGGGUCACUCUCAGGAGCUCAGUGAAUUCAAGCGUGGUACUGUGAUAGGAUGCCACCUGUGCUAUAAGUCCAUGGAUGAGCGAGUCUGGUGUGCAGGAACUUGACUGGCCUGCACAGAGCCCUGACCUCAUCCCGAUAGAACACCUUUGGGAUAAAUUAGGAUGGAGACUGAGUCAGACCUUCUCAUCCAACAUCAGUGCCUGAUCUCACAAAUGCUCUCCUGGAAGAAUGGUCAAAAAUUCCCAUAAACACACUCCUAUACCUUGUGGACAGGUUCCCCAGAAGAGUUGAAGCUGUUAUAACUGCAAAGGGUGGGCCAACUCCAUAUUAAAGCCUAUGUAUUAAGAAUAGGAUGUCAUUGAAGUUCAUGUGUGUGUAAA